AUGUACAAUACAUCGCUGGCGGCUAACCGAGGACCCUUGUCCUGGGGAGAACACGUGCAGUCGAAAGGUCGGAAGAUUGCCGAGAUGGCUGACAGAGAAGCGAGAGAAGCCUUCUUACCACCGCAUCUUACACGAAACAAUCUCAGAGCAGGCCUCGCUGCUAUAUAUGUAGGACAUGGCAGCCGAAGUACUCUAGUGCCUCACCCUGCCUCGUCGAGGACGAGACGGGGAGUGCUUAAGUGGACACUGACCUCACUCACUAUGGCAACAUCGGGCAAUAACCACGGCCUUUUGUAUGCACGAUCAUCAAUCUAUGAAGCCAAGCAGGGUUGUAUGGCGACAAUUCUCCACAGACAAUACGAACACUCAGGAGCACUGCGGACGGGGAAUGCCAAGAACUAG